ACAAAUAUAGACGUGAUGCGAGGUUUCAUGAUGAGCAUUGUGAUUGUGAAGGGAUCAGAUUUUUGGAUCGGAGAAUCAGGACUGAAAAGAAUGGCGUCGAAUAUCAUGAGACCAGCGUUUGCUUACACGGUUGUGUACGUGAAGGAUGUGGCCAAAUCCGUAGAAUUUUACUCUAGAGCCUUUGGUCACAACGUCCGUCGUCUUGACGAUUCCCACAGGUGGGGGGAGCUAGAGAGCGGACAAACGACGAUAGCGUUCACACCGCUUCACCAGCAUGAGACCGACGACUUAACAGGGAAGGUACAGGGUACUCAUUCAGACCGUGAGAGAGCACCAAUCGAACUCUGCUUCUGUUACCCGGAUGUUGAUGCCGCCUUCAAGAGGGCUGUGGAAAACGGUGCGGUGGCGGUCAGCGAGCCAGAGGACAAGGAAUGGGGACAGAAGGUUGGUUACGUGCGAGACACCGACGGAAUCGUUGUCCGCAUUGGUAGCCACGUUAAAUGAGUACCAAUCAAAGAGUGGAUCACGGGGGCAGACGGACGUAGGCGUGUCACGGGUUCACGUACCCCUACUGAAGAAUCUCAAACAAAUUUGAUUAAAUGUUCUUAGUUUAGUAAACUCUACAUAAAAAAAUAAUGUAAAAGAGAGAUGUAUUUGUUUUUGAAACCAAAAUCAAUAGUUUUCUCGUUUAAACAAAUAA